AAUAACCACGAUAACACUUACUAGUAUAUUUUCUCCCCCAUAUAACACCUCCAGUUUAUCCAUCAACCUAUCCGCCUACCUUUUUCAUCAAAUCCAAUAAAACUCAAGUUUCAAACCACAUCAACCUUCUUUCUUCCUUCCCUCUGCCACCCAAGAAAUGGCGAAGAAAGCAGUCUUGAUCGGAUGCAACUACCCCGGUACCAAGGCAGAGCUAAAAGGCUGCAUAAACGAUGUUCGGAGAAUGUACGAGUGCCUCGUCGAUCGCUUCGGCUUCUCUGAGGAAAACAUCAUCGUCGUCAUCGACACUGACGAUUCCCACACCAAGCCUACCGGCAAGAACAUCCGCAGGGUGUUGAAUGAUCUCGUGCGCUCUGCUGAGCCCGGUGAUUUUUUGUUUGUGCACUACAGUGGACAUGGCACCAGGCUUCCGGCUGAGACAGGGGAUGAUGAUGAUACCGGAUAUGAUGAGUGCAUUGUACCCUGCGACAUGAAUCUCAUCACUGAUGAUGACUUUAGAGAGUUUGUGGACAAAGUCCCAGAAGGUUGCCGCAUAACAAUUGUAUCUGAUUCUUGUCACAGUGGUGGGCUGAUUGAUAAGACUAAAGAGCAAAUUGGAGAGAGCACAAAGCCUCAAGAAUCGAGUUUGGGUUUUGGGAUCAAGGACUUCUUGCACCAGAAGGUACAAGAUGCAUUUGAAUCUCGAGGGAUUCAUGUCCCUUCUGAAUUGCGCCACCACCACCACUACCGCCAUGAGGAAGAGGAAGACAAUGACAGGGGAGUAGUUGAAGAAGGAUUUGGGGAUUAUGGCUAUGUGAAGAGUAAAUCUCUGCCUCUCUCAACUCUUAUUGAAAUACUAAAGCAGAAAACUGGUAAAGAUGACAUUGACGUGGGAAAGCUGAGGCCAACCCUUUUUGAUAUCUUUGGUGAAGAUGCCAGCCCCAAAGUUAAGAAAUUCAUGAAGUUCAUCUUGAACAAACUCCAUCACAGCAACAGCGAUGGUGAAAAUGGAGGUGGUGGUUUCUUGGGGAAGGUUGGUAGUUUGGCACUAGAGUUUCUCAAGCAAAAGCUAGACGAGAAUGAUGAGUCUUACGCAAAACCAGCCUUGGAAACAGAGGUGGGCAGCAAGCAAGAGGUUUAUGCUGGAUCAACCAAGCGCUCAUUUCCUGAUGGCGGGAUUUUGAUCAGUGGCUGCCAGACCUUCCAAACUUCUGCUGAUGCCAGUCCUUCCGGCGGUUCUGCUGAAGCCUAUGGAGCUUGUAGCAAUGCCAUUCAGACAAUACUUGCUGAGACAGAUGGUUCGAUUACUAACCAUGAGCUUGUUUCAAAAGCAAGGAAAAUGCUUAAAAGACAGAGUUUUACUCAGCGUCCUGGCCUCUACUGCAGCGACGAUCAUGUCGAUGCUCCAUUUAUUUGCUGAUCCUAAGCUGAAUGGUCCCUGAUAACAAAAACAAAAAUUAAUAAUUUGACCUCUGUGUGCAUUAUGAAGGGGGCUUGUUUGGUGUCCUUACUGUUCGGUUUGCCAUCUGGAUUUUGUGGAC